AUGAGCAGGGGUGGUGGGGUGGCAUGGCGAAGGAGGUGGUGGCAUCCAUCGCGCCCGGUACUGGUGGUGCUUCUGCCCGUGGCCGCCCUCCUCCUGUGCGAGUACGGCCUCUACUACCUCGCCCUCGCCCGCUGCGGCAGCUUCCCCGUGCCGCCUCCCCUUCCUUCCGGCCCCGGCGACACUACCGAACAUGAUGAAGGUGGAGAUGACCUCUACCUGCUGGUCGUCGCCGACACCCACGUCCUAGGCCCGACUGGCCACUGGUUCGACCGUGCGAGGCGCGAGUGGCAGAUGGAGCGGGCGUUCCAGUCGGUCCUCUCGGUGCUCGCGCCCGACGCGGCCCUCGUCCUCGGCGAUGCCACCGACGAGGGCAAGUGGACUACGUUUCGGCAGUGGGAGGAGGACGUGGCGCGGUUUCGGCGCCUCUUUCGCAACGAAUCGGAAGAGACACGGCUCGAGGUCGUGGUGGGCAAUCACGACAUCGGAUUCCACAACAGGAUGUCCUCCAGCCGCAUCCGGCGCUUCGAGACUGAGUUCGGGGAGAGCAAUCGGUUGUUCUUCGUCAAGGACCAGCCGUUCGUGAUGCUCAACUCGAUGGCGUUCGAGGACGAGUGCCACCUGUGCCAGAGCGCCGAGGACAAGCUGCAGCAAAUCGUCCGACAGCUGAAGACCGGCGAGGCCGACAGGCUGCAGCGGCGGCCCAUCCUGCUCUCCCACUUCCCGCUCUUUCGACGAAACCAGGAGUUCUGCUCCGAACUCGACAUCACCCACGAACUCGUGCAGAAGCUGUCGGAAUUCGAGGGGGACGAGCUGCAGGACGGGGUGUUGCGGUACUCCAACAUUCCGCACAAGGACGUGGUGAGCCGAGAAGCAACGAACCACCUCAUGUCCGCCCUCAACCCGGCCUUCGUCUUCUCCGGCCACAACCACUACCACUGCCUCUACCAGCACCCCAACGGCGUGCCAGAGUUGACAGUGUCGACGUUCAGCUGGCGCAACAGGGCCGACCCGAGCUUCGUUUUGGCCACGCGAAAGCGAUUUGGAGAGCACGACGACGAUGGAGACGGCGACGAGCGGGAGGCGUGGGCGAGAGCGACAGAGGUGGAAGAAGAAGAAGAAGAGGGGCACGAGCAGGACAGUCUGACUCCAGUCACGGUAGAGUUCACCCUGGGAUUCACUGAAGAAGAGGCCGAUCACGAUGACCGUCAGCGACCACGAGAACAGAUCGGCGCGGACGAAACGACAAAGGAGCAGCAUGGGGGUGGUGAGGCGAGGGGCGAGGAGAAGCGACCACCAGGACAAGAGCGGGAGGAGGAGGAGAACGGCGAUGAGGUGGUGCUGGAGGUCGAGGUCUACUACAAGCGGUGCGAGCUGCCCUCCGAGACGACCAUAAUCAGCGUGUACGUGCUGUCGGCCGUCCUGUGGCUGGCGACGCUGGUCAGCCUCUGCUGCAGCUACGCACACAAGACCGUCGGCAAGGCCGCCUCCCGCAAGAUGCUCAAGCUCGUGUGA